CCUCGAAUGGCCGGCGGCAGAACGGAAAACCAGGUGCCUUCAGUAAGACGACGGACGCGGCCUGUGACCAUGGCUCGGUCGCUGGUGCUCGGUGCCGCGCUCCCGGCGCUGCUGGGUGUCGUCCUCUGCCGGCCCGGCGAUCUCACCCCUCACCACCUCAGCGACCUCAGCGAGGAGCAGCGCGGACAUAUCGGCGAGAUAUGGGGGGUGACGGUCGACGCAGAUCUACCGAUCCCACUCAUUUUUCCGGGCACCAAGUGGUGCGGAGAUGGUGACAUCGCGGCCAACUACAGCGACUUGGGCGUGUUCGCCGAGACCGACAAGUGUUGCCGUGAGCACGACCACUGUCCGGCCUGGAUUCCGGGCUUCGGAACCAACGAGACUAUCGGCCUGCACAACCCAUCCCCCUUCACCAGGUGCGCUUGCGAGUGUGACCAGCAGCUAUCUCAGUGUCUGAGGGAGGUCGGCUCCCCGGUGGCCACGGCCGUGGGCACCAUGUUCGACAACAUCCUCCAGGUCAAGUGCUACCGCCAGGACUUCCCGAUCGUCAGCUGCCUGCGCUACGGCGGGCUAUUUGAUCGCAGCUGCCAAGAGUACGAGCUGGAUGAGACUAGCGAUAAAAUAUGGGAGUUCUUCGACUCGCAGGUGUUCCUGGAGACCGAAGGCGACCUGAGCCAGUGGUGAUUAAAACGACGGACGUGCUCAAUACGAUUACCAGCCCUUUUAGCAAACAUUGUGUUUUUCUCUGGAACUACUCCGAUAAUACAUUCAGGAAGCGGCAUUUUACUGUGUAGUUACCAUGUCUGAAUAAACAGCUCAAGUA